AUGGAAGGGAGUAGUGAUGCAACAUGUGGUGAUCGAAUUUCGAAAUUGCCAGAGCCAAUUUUGCAUCAUAUCCUGUCUUUCCUACAUGCUAAGCAUGCGGCACGAAUGAGUACAUUGUCCAAGGUUUGGGAUAGUGCUUGGAAUUCACUCCCCUACUUAGAUUUUGGUGAGAUUUUCUGGUGGUCAAAAGAUCUGAAUGUUGUUAUGGAUCAAACUCUAGCAAGUAGGAAAAAGCACAAGAUUUCCAUGCAAAGGUUCUCUCUAUGGUUAAGCUAUUAUGCUUGUCUUUCUUAUGACGACAGAUGGAUUAAGAUACUCAUAGCUUGUAAUAUCAAAGAGUUGAAUCUAAGAGUAGAAACACAUUAUUAUCGAGGCAACUUCCUAUACGGCAGCUUGCCCGUGGCAAUCUUUGCUGCCAAGUCGCUAAAUGUGCUGAGUUUGCAUGGAUUUAAUAUUGAAUUGCCCGCUGAUGAUGGUACGAUAAAUUUAUCAUCUUUGCGAGAAUUGCACCUCUCUUUUGUGUUUUUGGAUGAGCAAUUUAUUAAGGCUAUGUGCACAAGCUGCUGCAAUUUAGAGCAUCUGUCUCUGCAGUAUUUCAACGGACUCACCAGCUUUCAAGUUGGUGGUACUUUACCUAAACUGAAAAUGAUUAACUUGGUAAACUUGGAACCUCCCGAUUCAUUACUCCAAUUGGUUGAUAUUGUAGCAAUUAAUCUCAAAAAUCUUAGCAUCAGCAACAAAUUUUAUGGGAAUAUAAAUGUUGUAAGAAUAACUGCUUGCAAAGCCCUCAAGAAUUUGUACCUCAAUUGUGUGGAUAUCACUGAUAAUUGGUUAGAGGAACUAUUUUACAGCCUAAAAAAUCUUGAAAAGUUUGAUUUAAUAUGUUGCAAGGCCUUGAAGAUUAUGAAGAUCACGAGUGAAAGGCUCAAACAACUAAGAGUAGUUGAUUGUCACAAUUUGAUUGCUGUUGAAUUGGACACUCCUAAUUUAAUAAAGUUCCACUGUUUUAAUGAGAAGUUUAAAGUUUUCUUGGGUUGA